AUGAGUUCAUCCCACUCAUGUCAAUACGUCCCCAAUAGUUCAAUCCCGAAAACAGACCUUUCAACAUUCAAAGAUCUCAUAAAAGAUUAUUCAAAUGUUUUUACUCAUGUAUCCUCUUCUAUUCUUGAAAUCAAAACAACGCUAGGAGCAGUCAUCGGCUUUGAUGAAAUUGCGGUACCUCUAAACGGGACGACGUUGGAUUACGCAACAAAAAAAAUGAGUGGAACUAAUGUUGGGGCUCUUAUUUUUGAGAACAACUAUGUUUCUAUGAACCCAAGUAUUUAUACUUCUGAUUUCUCAGGAGUUUCUUCGCCCACGUGUUAUUCUAAAAUCGGUCCACAGAAAUUCAUCUUCAAUGCAUCAGUGAUUGAGUUGUGUCAAGUUCAUCAUGUUGAAAGUUUCAUAGACAAAUCAAAAAUCACUAAAAUAUCAGAUGGAGCACUACUACAUUUAAGAUUUAACGUGAAAUCUAUCUUUGGGAAGACUCCUCCACCCGCUUCUUUGAAGUUCUUGGAUACUUUCAAUAUGUGUGAGAAAAGAUCAUUGAAUGAGGGCACGUGUCACAGUGCAACUUGUAAGUCAGAUAUGGAUGCAGUUCAUGAAUGGGUCUACGAUAGAACGGAAGGAGUUUUCUUGGCCGGAGAAUAUUGA